CCCCCCAGGCCGGGCUGGGCCCUCACGCUGGAGGGGCUGGCGGCCAUGCGGCCGGCGCAGCGCCGCAGCCACCUGCUCUUCGGCGACGUGCUGGAGGACGUGCGCGCGACCUCUUGCCUCUUCCCGUGCGAGUCAGCGGAGGUGGGGUACCGCAUGCCAGACUCGCGUGCGUGGACGCUGCCGCUCGAGCCACCCGCGCAGCGCCAGGACCGGCUCCUAGGCGUCCUUAAGGCCGCCGAGGCCCGCGGCCGAGUCCGCGCGCUCCGGCUGCGCUACGCCCGCAUGCGGGCGGAGGAGAUCUCGCUCCUCAUUCAGAGCCAGAGGUCCGCGCGCGCCGCCAUCCGGCUGGAGCUGUUCCUGCCGCCGCAGCUGAAGCCCACGAGGAUCCCAGACCCCCUGGACCGGCAAGAGAGGAGGCGAGUGGAGACCAUCCUGGAGGAGAAAGUCCACGGCAGCAUCUUCCCACGUUGAUAGCGAUCCCACAGCGCGAAACCGCGCCCCACCCUCCUACAUAAAGUCUCAGAUGCCAACCAUCCCCCGGUCUGUACGCUUCCCCUCUCUAAGUCCCCCGGCGGAGGGAAGGGGUUAGGAUGGAUGCUGGGUCUCCCACAUCCUAUGUCACAGGACAUCACGGUACACAGGAUGCAGCUCCGCCAACGAAGUGGAAAGGUGCAAAUAGGCGGACAUCAGAUUAACAGCGGGCAGGGACAUCCCUAACCCCCCAAAUCCCAUGCUGCCCCCAGCUGGCAACCUGGUGCCCUGUGAAUUCGUGGGGGUCUCCAGUCUGGCUGUGCCAGGAAGAAGAGCCUGGCUGGGCAAGUGUUGCAACCCCAGAAGUGAGGGCAACCUCAGGGAGAAAGCAGGACCCCUAGACCACAGGCUAUUCCAUCAGAGGGUCAGAGAGGAAGCUGACGUUCUGGGCAGGAGAGUGACUGCAAGAGCCAACGCUGGCCUUCUGACAAGAGUCAAUGCUGGCCUUCGGACAGUCAGCUCUGUCUAGGAGGAUCUUCAGAAGACAGGGAGACUGGGGAAGGGGAGAUCUCUUAAGGCAGACCUCUGCUUCUUAUUGAGUCACACAGUCGUGUCAGACUCUUUGCACUGUGGACUGCAGCACGCCAGGCUCCUCUGUCCUCCACCAUCUCCAUGAGUUGCUCAAAUUCAUGUCCAUUGAGUCGUCCAGACAGAAAGUCACCCUCGAUUUUCCUUUCCAUCCUGAUAGUCCCUCUCUGCCCCUUUGAUUCCCCCUUACUGGAACACACACACACAGAGGACAGGAAGGACACCACUCCUGUCCCACUUUGACAAACCCACAUCCUGCAAAACCUCUGGAUUCCAAAGAACAUCCUUAGUUUCUGGACAGAUUUCCCCUUCAAGAAUUUACUUCUCUCCCCAACACAAACUCUUUGCAGAGCCUGGGAUUUCUCUUAGCCGGCUCUCCUUUCUCCUCCCUCUCGGCAGUCCAGCGGGUUAUCACAGAGGUGGGGGCCUCACACAAGGCCAUCCCCUGCCGGAAGGCUCCAGCAGAGUCACCAGACUACAGCAGAGAACUGGUCCUAGAGGGGUGCAUCCUCUACCAGCAGAGGCCAGAGCUGGGGUCAGCAAGGAGUUCUGUUCAAUGGCGGCCAGUGCCCUCCCUGACCAGGCUCAGGAUGGGGACCAGAACCCUCCGUGUCCCCAGCAAUCGCUACCCCCACACAGGACACCUGGCCAGUUCUGAGCUGUUGCACCCUUGGCCUUGAUCCAAGCCAGAACUGUGUGUGGAGCUGAACUCUGGAAGCUCCAGGAGAGAUGAGGGAGCUCUCUAAAGGAGGGCAGGCAGAGAGAAUAAGGAACAAGGGAGAGAGGGUGACUUGGGCAUGGGACAGAGCAACGUCUCUGUCCCAGAGCAACAGCCACUUACGUGCUGACAUGUGCCAGAUGCCAGCUGGCCCUGGCUGCCCUGGUUAAGCUCCCUGCGAUCUGAACCCCAGCAUUCCAUCUCUGGGGGAAGUGUCAAGCACUGGAAUGAUUUCAUCUGUUUAGUAAAAGCACAUUUUACUUCA